AUGCUCUACAGACACCCCGCCGCGCUGCUCUUGCGCGGGCGUAGCCACUUACCCCGCGCUCUCUUUCAUUGCUCGCCCGCCCGCGCUGCCCUCAAGCGGUUCAAGCUCGCAGACAUUGGUGAGGGCAUCACGGAGUGCGAGGUCAUCAAAUGGAGCGUGAAGCCUUCGAGUGCCGUCAAUACCUUUGACCCGCUAUGCGAGGUCCAGAGCGACAAGGCGAGCGUCGAGAUCACUAGCCCUUUUGACGGCAUUGUACACGAGCUGCUCGUACCGGAGGGCCAAAUCGCCAAGGUCGGCCAGGACCUUUGCACUAUCGAGGUUGUGGACGACGUCGCCGCUGCAGAUGACGCCGAGCCGACGUCUCCGAGCGCCGCGCCCGAGCAGUCCAGCGCUGCAGUUGCAGGGCAUGGCGCACUACACUCGCAACCUUCGGUAGACGUCGGUGCGGUCACGCAAGACUAUCCGCCGCCGCCGGCACAACAAGCGCGUCGGCCACACCCACUCGACCCGAACGUCCCAUCGCAGGCGCGUACACACGUACACUCCGCGACGAAGGAGGUCUUCGCCCCGCCGUCCGUUCGACAUUACGCGCGCCAGAACGGUGUCGAUCUGCACGCAUUGGUGCCCGGAAGCGGGAAGGGCGGCCGCGUCGAGAAGCGCGAUGUGGACGCGUUCCUUCAGCGCGGUUCGGCGCAGGCCGGUGCUCCUCCGACUGGUGCCUCUCAGGAUGCUUUUGCGCCGGCAGUGGGAGAUGUGCAACAUGAGAAGGACGUUACUGUCGAACUCAACCGGACACGUUGGAACAUGUGGAAAGCCAUGGAAAAGAGCCUUUUAAUCCCUCAAUUCUCUUUCUCAACCUACCUCGACAUCACCGACCUACACAACAUCCUCCCCAUCCUCAACACACACAUACCCACCCACUACCUCCCCCCACCCGCCCGCCCAUCCUCCACCGCGCAAGUCGUCUCCCCCACCGCCUUCUACGCGCCCCUUCCCCCCACCGAACUCGCCCCCGAGGCGCACUACACGCGCCUCACGUACCUCCCCGUCCUCCUCAAGACGCUCGCCCGCGCCAUGCGCGACUGGCCGCUCUUCCGCUCCUCCAUCGCCCCCGCCGCUGCGGACGGCGCGCGCCCGUCGCUGGUGAUCCGCCCGCACGCGGACAUCAGCAUCGCGCUCAGCACGCCCACGGGGCUCUACACGCCCACUUUGCAGGCGGCCGACACCCAGACUAUAUAUGCGCUCGCAUCCCAGCUGCGCGUCCUCGCGCACCGCGGGCGCCAGGUGCCGUGCGCGCUCACCCCGCGGGACAUGCCGCGCCGUGGCGGGACGGUGAGCGUGUCGAACGUGGGCGGGGUCGGGCAGGUCGAGAGCGCGGCCCCCGUGCUGGUGCCGGGGGCGGGGUGGCGAUCGCAGCUGUGGGGAGGGCAAGGUGGCUGGACGGCGGACCAUCGGGUUGUGGAGGGCGCGGAGAUGGUGGCGUUUAUGGAGGCGUGGAGGGCGUGGGUCGAGGCGCCGCAGAGGCUCAUUGCGGAUGGGGUGUAG